AUGUCUAUCAUCAAGCACUGGUCCGAGGGCCCUCAAAAUGACUUCUCACGUGGUCCACACUGGAAUCACGAAUCGCCAUUCUUGCCAGUAGAUUGGGAGACCACUCAAGAACGGGGUGCUCCGUCUUUGAAACACGCUGCGAUGAAACGCGUGCUACGUGAUCAGUCUGAACUGAAGUCUGAGAUGUUUGCCGAUAUCCCGUGGAUCAUUGCGGAGUAUCUGUGGCAGUGCCUAGAGAAGUGCAACAAGCGGACAAUGCACAUGUGGAAGAUCAUGACUACAGUAUACCCACAAUUUAGGGAAAGACACCCACACUACCAUCUGAUAACUGACUAUUGCAAUAUGAAAAAACCACUGCGGCAAUACUUCGAAAUCAUGAAUAGUGACACUUGCCAAUGGCGUGCAAAAUUAUCCGUCGCCCACAAUUUCACUAAUGUGGCUGAUUCUCUUGCUAUCGCUAACGUGACGAACCUGGUUUGUCUCCACAUCACCUCAGAAAGACUGAGGAGAAAUGACAUUUCGCUGCGGACACCUGUGCAGGCCACUGAUGGAAUGCAGGACGGUGCAAUCCGGAGCUGGCUUGAAAUGGCAGAAACCCAGGGAUCACUCCAGCACCUACGUAUUCUGCGAUUGGGCCUCCAGGGAAACUUGACUCCUCAUGUGUUACCGCUACUUAGAAAGCUUCCGGAACUGCAAUAUAUCGCUAUAUGUCACUGUGAUCACUUUACCCGCAAGUUCAGUCGAUAUCAUCCAAUAGACCAGCAAGAUUGGAUCAUGAUUGAUGGCUGGAUUGUGCGGCGGAUGGACUGGAUUGUCGAAAAACAUGGACAAGAUAAAGCCAUGGAUGAGAUGCUAGCGAUUGAGAAGAUUUACGCGCAUGGACCUGGUGAUUUCCUGGACUUCGCUGGUAUGGAGCCUCUCAAACCGCACUCGUUGGGUUUGGAUCUUCCGCUUAUGGAAUUUCAACUAUCGAGGGGAUUUGAUUGGCCGAGUGGAUGUAGCGCGAAAGAUAUUUUUUUCCUUGUUAGAGCUGUGUGUGAACCGUCACACGAGAAGAAGAGAGUACCAGGAGAGAUAUCAGGACCCGGUAAAAAGAAACGAGCCAUGAAAGAUCGAGGUCAGGAUUUGGCUGGGGUGCUCGGACAAUUUAUGUGA